CAUAUGCUAGUUAUGGCUCGUGCUGGCGUGCAUCAGCGAAUGCUUUCGAGAAUAUAAAAUUCAGACUUUAAAAUAUUACAGGAGCGAUGUUUAAUAAUCGGUUUUGUAAGCCAGAGCUUCCAGACGUUUUAGGAAAUAGAGCGAAAUGCGAUCUCCCACCGGGGGUCUAAAAAUAGUUAGCAUGUUUGUGCGUGAGGCAGGAUUAUCGAAGUAACAGGGGCAAAAGUUUCCAAUCUCUGUUCGUUACCUCAAAGUAGUACUUGCACGAUGAUGUCAGAGGACUGUUUGGAUUACUGAUCGAUUUUAAGAAAGGGGGAAGAAAGUGACGCGUGUCGUUGAGGUUGCCUAGUAACGAGGAGCAGAGCCUGUGUUAUCUCUUAAUUAAUUCGAACUGGUAUGGAAUUAUGGCUAUCGGCGGCAAAACGGAUGUUUCAGCCGGUAUUCCUAACAAAAUCGAAUUCCAGUGCGAAGAUGACCAAGAUAAAAAUUCUAAAGUUGCACAGGGAGAAACGAAAGAACGAUUUCAGUGUCCACGAUGUGAGAAACAUUUUGGACAUCAACAAAUCCUACAGCUUCAUUUACGGGUCCAUGAGUCAAAUGACGGCUUACAUCUGAAAACUAGUCACGAAGAGAAGGAUUCUGUUAAGAGUGAAACAGAAAUCAGCGGACAGCUCAGUAAGAAGAUGAGCUACACACAGACCAACAAUGAACGACUACAGUGUAGUCCACCAAAUAAGAAGUUCAUUGGCCUGACAAAGAUCCGUCUUGAGGAUUGCAUGCGAUGCGAUGCUUGUUCUUGCAUUUAUCUGGAUGAGAGUGACUACAACAAGCAUAUGAAAAACUUUCACCGUCAAGAUUCUCCUAAGAAACACAGACAGAAGAAGGGCUGUCGAUCUUGUUGCAAACAUUGCAACUGCAGAGGGAAUCAUCAACACCACAGUUUACAGAAAGAACGCGGUAACAACAAUCUCUUCCACUACAAUAUUAAGGAUCGGUGGAGUAAAAUGGUUUCAAGACGACUCAGUCCAGAUGAACUGAGGCAAGACAUCAAGGCUGAUCCAGAUUUUGACCCUAAUGAUUCAGCUGGAAUCUUGGAUUACAGCCAUCUGUUGAGUCAAGUAGAAGUGAAGAUCAAAACUGAGCCACCAGAAUACGAGGAAAACCUGGGACUGCCUGGAUGAAUUAACAGUGACAAACACUACAGGGUUGCCACCUCCUUAUAUUUAUAACCAUAACAUCAACAUUUUGUUAUAAAUUGUUUGUUCAGUGUUUAAGCACUCAAUAUGAGAAGUGCACAAACAAUUUAUAAUCAUAUAGAGAAAGAAUAACCAGUAACUAAAUAUUAAUACUAAUGCAUUUUAGUUCAUCAAUAUAGUUUGUGGAAUACAUAAAAAAAAUUGAUGAAAUGAACACUGUUCUUAACCUUUACUGAUCACGUAUCACUGCUUACAUGGGAUCCAGAUGGUCAUACAUUAUAAUGGCAUAUAAUUAUACUCAUUAAACUUUGGUGUUAAUGUCUGGCUGGCAGUUUUUAAUUCUCUACACCUCUGAAGAGAAAAAGAGGAAUCUAGUGAGACUGGAUUAAGAUUUAUAGUGAGCUUCAGAACUAAAUCAACUCUUCCAAUACAAUGGUUUAAAAUGUGGCUUGUAAGACUACUCAAACACUAACCUCAAAAUGCAGCUGAGACCAUCUUGUUGAAUAAAAAGAAAACAUUCCAAUUUAAAGUUCAAUAUUAUCAAUUUGUGGAAAGAUAUUCACUGCACCAUGUACCACCACACACAGAUCUAAGCACUGAUCUGAGUUAAUAUAAAUUACUAAUCCAAAGAUCAGUUACAUCUAACCCACCAAGGGCUUGAGGUUAAAGAUUCACUUACUGCAGGAGCUGGCAACUCUGGUGUUUCUUAAAAUUCAGUGAUGAAAGUAAUUUUUUUGUUACUCUGUGGUGAACAACUAUUUCAACUCUCCCAGCAUAUCACAGUCUUUUAUCUUAGUUUUCCUAUGCAUUUCAAACUCUUACUGUCAUAUUUCUGAAACAUGUAAUGAAAACGUUUUUAUGAAUUCAGUCACCAUUACUAAAACCUGUUACUAGAAUUUCAGGGCACUUUCAUAACAGACUGAAAUGGAGGACUGAAACACUAGACCAAAAAUAAAUUCACAAGUUACAGGUAACUUAUGAACUGCCACUAGUUCCUUCUGUGUUUCACUCUUCCAUACUUUGUGCAUCAAACAUGGAUGUUCAUUAAUGAUAAACUUACAUUACUAGAUUUUGUAGUAUUUUAUAUAAAAUAAUUUAUAAACUAUUUAUUGUUCAAAUAGUAUAUAAUAUAAUAUAAUAGGCACACACAAACUGUGUUUGCUGUAUGUGCAAGUCAAUUUGCUAGUCAUUUAAUUUAAGUUGUAACGUUCAAGGCUACAAAGAUUAUAAAAAUGUAAUGUGUAAGUAAUCACUUUUUCUGCUAAGCUAUAAAAACGAAGUUAUUUUAGAUAAGAUAUUCAAUUUUUUCACAUUAGUCUUUUUUGAGGUGGGAUUGAACAUAAUUAUAUAAAAUUGUGAUUGUCUUGUCAUGAAAAGCAGUGACAAACCAAGGGCCUUGUGCAAUGUAUGUUUAAGGCCAAAGGAUGGGAAAGUUUAUUACAACUGAAUAAUAACAUGCAGAAUAAAAAUACUAAAAUAUAGCACAAGUACCUUCCAACUAUGUCACUGCAAAUAUGUGUUCUUUUUCUUCUGUCCUAUCUUCUAAAUUUGUAUUGUAUGUAUGAAAUAAAUGGUGACUUCUUCAUGCUGGAA